GGAGGGAUAUUCCAAGUACUUGACUUGUAUGUGUCUCUAGGGACGCGGGCCAGAAUAAAAUGGCUGUUUGAAAAUGUGAUCGUUUUUUUUACAAAGAAAUACAACUUUUUUUGGGGGGUGGGGGGGGGUAAAUGUGAAUAACAUUUUGUCGUACCCCCGACGGCAUUGCCUACCGAGUUUGGGAAUACCUGCCCAAGCGCCACAUUCACUGUUCUCGUUAUCACCUGCCGCCAUAUUGGAUAAACUACCAGUGGAAGGAGGGAAACUGAAAUAUUGCUUCUGUGUCGCUACUUUCGUUGUAGUAUAGUUAAAACAGUCGUCCGUAGCUGUGUGUGUAGGACACAUUUAAGUGGUUUAUAAUAUCGGCCAGUGAGAUUCCGAGGCGAGGGGUUUCGUCUUUUGACGUUGUUAGGACUUGUUGUAAAUAUGACUUCCCUAACACAGCGGAGUUCGGGCCUAGUGCAGAGGCGGACCGAGGCCUCUCGUAGCUCUGCCGCCGACAAGGACAGAGGGUCCGGGGAUGAGGACUUCGAGACCCACCGCGGAGAAGAGGAGGAGGAGGAUGACAAGGGAGACUCCAAAGAAACUCGACUCACAUUGAUGGAAGAAGUGUUACUCUUGGGAUUGAAGGACCGCGAGGGCUACACGUCGUUCUGGAACGACUGCAUCUCGUCGGGGCUGCGCGGCUGCAUGCUCAUAGAGCUGGCCAUCAGAGGACGACUACAGCUGGAAGCCUGUGGCAUGAGGAGGAAAAGCCUGCUCGCCAGGAAGGUGAUCUGUAAGUCGGAUGCUCCGACGGGAGACGUGCUAUUGGACGAGGCUCUGAAACACGUGAAGGAGACCCAGCCCCCAGAGACGGUGCAGAGCUGGAUUGAGCUGCUCAGCGGUGAGACGUGGAACCCUCUGAAGCUACACUACCAGCUGAGGAACGUGAGGGAGCGUCUAGCCAAGAACCUGGUGGAAAAGGGCGUGUUGACCACGGAGAAGCAGAACUUCCUCCUCUUCGACAUGACCACUCACCCGCUCACCAACGACAACAUCAAACAACGCCUCGUCAAGAGGGUCCAGGAGGCCGUGUUGGAGAAAUGGGUCAACGACCCGCACCGCAUGGACAAGCGACUGCUCGCCCUCAUCUUCCUGGCCCACUCGUCUGACGUCCUGGAGAAUGCAUUUUCCCCUCUGCUGGACGACCAGUAUGACCUGGCCAUGAAGAGAGUACGGCAGCUCUUGGACCUGGAGCCAGAGGGGGAGAGCACGAAGACCAACGCCAAUGAGUUGUUGUGGGCCGUGGUGGCCGCUUUUACCAAGUGACCUGACCUUCCACCUUCAGACACCAGAGGGUGCUGUUGGUUUGACGGUGGGGUAGAGGGAGAGGACAGGACAGUUUUGGGGAGGGACAAAGAGGAGAGGGCUGGUCUGUCUGGCCCAUCAAGGUAGUAGACUUGAGGUCACCUCCCUCUGUCUUUCUGAACAGAAUGGUCUGCUCCAGACCUGUCCCACAGCUUACUGAACAGAAUGGUCUGCUCCAGACCUGUCCCACAGCUUACUGAACAGAAUGGUCUGCUCCAGACCUGUCCCACAGCUUACUGAACAGAAUGGUCUGCUCCAGACCUGUCCCACAGCUUACUGAACAGAAUGGUCUGCUCCAGACCUGUCCCACAGCUUACUGAACAGAAUGGUCUGCUCCAGACCUGUCCCACAGCUUUCUGAACAGAAUGGUCUGCUCCAGACCUGUCCCACAGCUUACUGAACAGAAUGGUCUGCUCCAGACCUGUCCCACAGCUUACUGAACAGAAUGGUCUGCUCCAGACCUGUCCCACAGCUUACUGAACAGAAUGGUCUGCUCCAGACCUGUCCCACAGCUUUCUGAACAGAAUGGUCUGCUCCAGACCUGUCCCACAGCUUUCUGAACAGAAUGGUCUGCUCCAGACCUGUCCCACAGCUUACUGAACAGAAUGGUCUGCUCCAGACCUGUCCCACAGCUUACUGAACAGAAUGGUCUGCUCCAGACCUGUCCCACAGCUUACUGAACAGAAUGGUCUGCUCCAGACCUGUCCCACAGCUUUCUGAACAGAAUGGUCUGCUCCAGACCUGUCCCACAGCUUACUGAACAGAAUGGUCUGCUCCAGACCUGUCCCACAGCUUACUGAACAGAAUGGUCUGCUCCAGACCUGUCCCACAGCUUACUGAACAGAAUGGUCUGCUCCAGACCUGUCCCACAGCUUACUGAACAGAAUGGUCUGCUCCAGACCUGUCCCACAGCUUACUGAACAGAAUGGUCUGCUCCAGACCUGUCCCACAGCUUACUGAACAGAAUGGUCUGCUCCAGACCUGUCCCACAGCUUUCUGAACAGAAUGGUCUGCUCCAGACCUGUCCCACAGCUUACUGAACAGAAUGGUCUGCUCCAGACCUGUCCCACAGCUUACUGAACAGAAUGGUCUGCUCCAGACCUGUCCCACAGCUUACUGAACAGAAUGGUCUGCUCCAGACCUGUCCCACAGCUUACUGAACAGAAUGGUCUGCUCCAGACCUGUCCCACAGCUUACUGAACAGAAUGGUCUGCUCCAGACCUGUCCCACAGCUUACUGAACAGAAUGGUCUGCUCCAGACCUGUCCCACAGCUUACUGAACAGAAUGGUCUGCUCCAGACCUGUCCCACAGCUUACUGAACAGAAUGGUCUGCUCCAGACCUGUCCCACAGCUUACUGAACAGAAUGGUCUGCUCCAGACCUGUCCCACAGCUUACUGAACAGAAUGGUCUGCUCCAGACCUGUCCCACAGCUUACUGAACAGAAUGGUCUGCUCCAGACCUGUCCCACAGCUUACUGAACAGAAUGGUCUGUUCCAGACCUGUCCCACAGCUUACUGAACAGAAUGGUCUGCUCCAGACCUGUCCCACAGCUUUCUGAACAGAAUGGUCUGCUCCAGACCUGUCCCACAGCUUACUGAACAGAAUGGUCUGCUCCAGACCUGUCCCACAGCUUUCUGAACAGAAUGGUCUGCUCCAGACCUGUCCCACAGCUUUCUGAACAGAAUGGUCUGCUCCAGACCUGUCCCACAGCUUUCUGAACAGAAUGGUCUGCUCCAGACCUGUCCCACAGCUUUCUGAACAGAAUGGUCUGCUCCAGACCUGUCCCACAGCUUUCUGAACAGAAUGGUCUGCUCCAGACCUGUCCCACAGCUUUCUGAACAGAAUGGUCUGGUCCAGACCUGUCCCACAGCUUUCUGAACAGAAUGGUCUGCUCCAGACCUGUCCCACAGCUUUCUGAACAGAAUGGUCUGCUCCAGACCUGUCCCACAGCUUUCUGAACAGAAUGGUCUGGUCCAGACCUGUCCCACAGUUUUCUGAACAGAAUGGUCUGGUCCAGACCUGUCCCACAGCUUACUGAACAGAAUGGUCUGCUCCAGACCUGUCCCACAGCUUUCUGAACAGAACAUAUCUCUCUUCCUCUGUCCUUCUCCUUUUCCCUUCAUCAAGCUCUUUCUCUCUGCAAGAUGUCAUUUAUUAAUCACUCACUUUUACAAAAUAAAAUGUAAACUCCUUCUGAUGGAGUGACAAGCAAUGUUUUGAAUCCUGAAAUAUGAAGAUCCAAUCAUCAUCCUCUUCCUCCCUGGACAAAUCUGUCAGAAAUGUCUUCAAAGUAUGUAUGGUAUUCUCUACCGGUAUCUAGCUCUUACUCACUAUAGCCUACAGUGGGAUCCAACAGUAUUGGGAAAGUGACCCAUGUGUUUGUUGUUUUGCCUCUGUCCUCCAGCACUUUCGGGUUUGAAAUGAUACAAUGACUAUAUGGGGUUAAAGUGCAGACUGUCAGCUUUCAUUUGAGGGUAUUUUCAUCCAUAUCGGGUGAAUCGUUUAGAAAGUACAGAAGUUUUUGUACAUUGUCCCCCAAUGACUACUUUAAUACACAUCUAAAGGAAUUUGUCCCAAUACUUUUGGUCCCCUAAAAUGGGUGGGAGGACUAUGUACAAAAAAAAUGCUUUAAUUUAUAAACAGUUCACCUGAUAUGGAUACAAAAAUACCCUCAAAUUAAUGCAGACACACUGCACUUUAACCUCAUAGUCAUUUUAUCAGAGCCAAAACAACAUAUGUGUCACUGUCCCAAUGCUUUUGGAGCUCAGUGAUGUACAUACAGAUUCCAUGUACGUGAAACAUAGUAGAUCAUUCUCUUCCUGACAAGUCGUGCAUUUGAUUUCCUCUCCAACAUGACGACAUGGUCUGAAGUUUCCUGUUUCAGUUUUACUCUCAUGUUUUGUGAAUGAAAAAGCUUCCUCUCAUUAAGUUGUUUGUGUUUCCCGACCAAGGCUCCGUCUGAAAUCAACUCUACGACGUAGACACUGAGUGGACAAAACAUUAGGAACACCUUCCCAAUAUGGAGUUGCACCCCCCUUUUGCCCCCUCAGAACUGCCUCAAUUCAUCGGGGCAUUGGACUCUACAAGGUGUCGAAAGCGUUCCACAGGGAUGCUGGCCCCAUGUUGACUCUCAUUCUAGACUCUGUCCGACACCUAAGAGAUAUAGAUCUAUGAAAUUUAAGCCUCGAUCUCCAAAGGGAACUUGGGUCUGGUAUGGGUACGUCUAGCUGGGAAUAUAUAUAGUGCACUACUUUAGACCAGAGCCCUAUUCCCUAUAUAGUGAACUACUAGUGACCAGAGCCCUAUUCCCUAUAUAGUGCACUACUAUAGACCAGAGCCCUAUUCCCUAUAUAGUUCACUACUAUAGACCAGAGCCCUAUUCCCUAUAUAGUGAACUACUAGUGACCAGAGCCCUAUUCCCUAUAUAGUGCACUACUAUAGACCAGAGCCCUUUUCCCUAUAUAGUGAACUACUAUAGACCAGAGUCCUAUUCCCUACAUAGUGCACUACUUUUGACCAGAGCCCCCCCCCCCCCCUCUUUCGUUUCUACGUUUCGGUCCGUCCUCUGAACGGGAUUCGGUAACAGUAAAGAAACCGCUCCACCGAUCCAGUACUGAUGUCUCUCUCCUCUGUGUGAAUGAAAGGACGUUUUCUUAUACGUUCAUUCGCCUGUCUCAUUGUUGUUUCUUCACGUCAAUAAUAGUUUUGUUUUUAACUUUCUCAUCAAGACAACGAGUGAUUGUGUUGUGUCUGUGCAGAAUAAAACAAUGAAACGAGAAUGGAAGGGGGGGGGGGCUGUCUCUGUUAUAGAGCUACUUAAUGUAUAGUUACAUUUAUACAUACUUAGUGCCUUCGGACAGAAUUCACCCCCCUUUGACUUAUUCUACAUUUUGAUUUUAAAGAAUUUGAAAUGGAUUUGAAAUGUAUUUUUUUUUUGGUCACUGGCCUAGACACACACACACACACACUACCACACAAUCAUAAUGUCAAAGUGGAAUUGUGUUUUUAGAAAUGUUUACAAAUGAAUUAAAAAAAGGGAAAAGCUGAAA